GGCUAAAAACCGUAUGAAGAACCUCAGAGAAAUUAAUACUGUGUGUUUUUCUCCCGGCAUUGAAGGUCACAGUAGGACCAUGGAUCUGUUUGGAGACAUAGAUGACAUUUCUUCAGAGAGCGAUGGGGACAGUGAACAAUCUAUUCCAGGGCAGCCUGCUGAUGAACGUGGAGUGCCUCAGGACCAACAGGAGGAAGAGCGGAUUUCUGAAACCAGAAUAGAAGUAGAAAUCCCCAGUAUCAACUCUGAUCUAGGAAAUGAAUUAUACUUUGUUAAACUACCUAAAUUUCUCAGCAUAGAACCCAAACCUUUCGAUCCUCAGUAUUACGAAGAUGAAUUUGAAGGUGAGAAAGUGCUUGACGAGGAAGAUAGAACCAGGUUAAGAUUAAAGGUAGAAAAUACGAUAAGAUGGAGGAAACGCCGGGACGAGGAAGGAAAUGAAAUUAAGGAAAGCAACGCUCGGGUGGUCAAGUGGUCAGAUGGGAGCCUCUCCCUGCAUCUAGGCAGUGAAGUGUUUGAUGUCUACAAAGCCCCAGUGCAGGGCAACCACAACCACCUGUUCGUUCGAGAAGACACUGGUCUACGGGGACAAGCUGUGUUUAAAUCCAAGCUCACCUUUAGCAGGCCUCACUCUACAGACUGUGCCACACACAGGAAGAUGACCCUGCCGCUUGAGAAGAGAUGCUCGAAGACCCAGAGGAUUAGAAUCUUACCAAUGGCUGGCCGUGACCCUGAAUGCCAGCGCACAGAGAUGAUUAAAAAAGAAGAACGAUUGAGGGCUUCUACUCACGAGACAAUCCAUCUGUGGGAGAAGCAGAACCAGCAGGGGCCGAGUGUCCCCUGCCAGGAUCCCAGCAGUGCCGGUGAGGAGGAGGAGGAAGGCGCUGAAGCCAUUAAAAACCAUUACCAAGGGGAGCUCCAAGGAGAUGAGGCCUCUGGAAAGAGGAAAGUGGGGGGUGAAGAGGAAGAAAGUGACUAAAGUAUAAAACGUUGCCCUCAAGUAUACAUUGUACUGACCUUUGAGGAAUACAGGUUUGAACUGCGCGGGUCCACUUACAGCUUUUUUUUUUUUUAUAAAUAUGGUACGGUGCUGUAAUGUAUUUUCUCUUCCUUUUGGUUUUCACAAAUUUUCUCUAGCUUGUUUUAUUAUAAGAAUAUAUAAUACAUUUAACAAGCAAAAUAUGUAUCAACUGUGUUAUCAGUAAGGCUUCUGGUCAGCAGUAAACGAUGAGCAGUUAAGUUUCUGGGGAGGUAAAAGUUAUUCUUGGCUUUUCGACUGUGCAGAGAAUUGGCACUCCUAAACCCAUUAUUCAACAGACAGCUGUAUAUUGUUUCCAACAGUUUGUUUUAAAGCAAUCAUAACAUGACUUGUUUUGGUUGAAAUGAUGAAUUGAAUCGCUUUUGCAUAAUCCUAGUUGUGAAUAAAAAAUGUUCAGAAGCAAGUCUGUGACUUCGGAAAAUCCAUUUUCCCCUAACUAUUCUGGGUCUUGGGUUUUUGUGCAUUUUGGCUGCUCUGCCCCACCUCAUCCUCCCUGCUGGGUCCCGAGGUGGGCUUUGGAAAUGCAAGUCAGGUAUCGCCUCUUCAGGAUGUCCUCCUGUCCUGCUUAGCUGGGUCUGCGGCCCAUCUGUGGAUUGUCGUUUAUUUCCAUAGGUAUGGCACAAACUUUCUGUUGACCACAUGGCCCUGUGGUCUUGUCAGAGCAGGCACAC